AUGGAGUCUGCCGAAGCGGCUCCUGAGGCAUCCAGGUCUCAAUCUGACGAGACCUCGCACUCCAAGGAGAGAGGUGAUGAGGAUCCGGCAUCGAAGAAGGCGGCGAUCAGAAAAAGGACCAAGACCGGUUGUCUUACUUGCCGGAAGCGUCGGAUCAAAUGUGAUGAAGCAAGGCCGACCUGCGCCAACUGUAUAAAGUCGAAGAGGCAGUGCGAAGGCUACAAUCAGCGGGUGAUAUUCAAAGACCCGUUGGGCGCUUUCUCCCCUUUUGGCCCACUGGUCUACCCGCAGCCAUCUCCCCAAGCCCUCGUCAGGGAGCAACAGUUAUCGGCAGCUCAGCAGAAAUCGGCAUCCCAAACGCUACCGAUUAUUGCACCGAAACCGCCGCCACCUGGGUAUAUUCCAGGGGCCGUAGCAUCCUAUAGCCCUCCGUUCCACGGUGAAGGCGCCCACGGCCCAUCACCGCCGUUAGACUAUGAUCCCAACUUGUUCGGGGUUCCACCGGCGUCAACGUCAUCCAAGUUUACCUUCUUUCCUCCAGAAACCGUCGAUGGGUACUCACAGAGCCAAUGGAAGCAGAUCCAGCAGCCGGAGGAGCCCCAGCUCGACCUAAAUCACAUGCCACCUCAAGCCGCCGUUGAGUUUCUGUCGGAUGGACCCGCAACACAACCAGACCACGAUCAGGCAUUUGAAGUGGUUAAAGGUAAAGCUCCAGAAGGUGGUAACGUGCAGCUACACCCGGAACCUGAACCGAGGCAAUGGGUAUCCUCACUAUACGAUGAUGAUGCCGAAAUGGGCGACUCGGAUGAUGACGAUAAUGGCGUACUUGCGAAGACGCGCGAAGUUGAGCUGGGCUUGAUUGUUUCUCAGAGACUCCAAGACCGCUACGAUGCUACUGGGCUCCAGCCAAGAACUUUUGCAUACCAUUCUGACCACACACUUGCAACGUACGAACCAGGACCAGCAAACUCCCCUUUGAAUGACAAGCAGAUCGCAUCUGUAUUCUGGCACUUUGUCAAUGUCACUGCACCAUCGAUCUCCAUGUACGAGAGACAUCCUUUCGAUGGCACAUCUUACUUUCACGGACCGCAAGUGAAAUCGCGCCAACACAUCUGGACUUUUACAAUUCCCAUUCUCUCAUUGAGUCAUCCUGCCUUAUUGCAAGCUAUCUUGGCUAUAGGCAGCCUACAGAUCGCCAAAUUAGAACAAGUUCCGCCCACAGCUUCACUUAAACAUUAUCAUCUCUCAUUACGACGGAUAGCUCGGAAUGUCGGACGUCCAUCCAAGAAGACGCAGCCGUCGAACCUUGCAGCCAUCCUGUUGCUUGCUUUCUACGAAGUAUGGAACUCAGAUCAUGGCAAGUGGUGCAAACAUCUCCUUGGUGGUCGUUGGAUCAUCAAAGACAUCCCCUUUCCAGAGAUGACACGGUCAAUGAUGGACAUAAAGCGCCGCUUGCGAAAAAAGAAGGAGGAGGCAAUACUACAGCAACAGCAACAGCAGCGGCAGCAAAUGCAAUUCGACGAUUUCGGACCCAUGAGUGCGUUUGGAGUGUACGACCACCUAGAACCACAGCCCGACCCCUUGCAGGGCGAACGAGACCCGCUGUAUAGCGACUGGGAUUGUAUAGAUGUCUCACUUUUGAACACUAUCACGGGCAGGCGCAUCACGUACGACGAGUUGGGCUUGGUGCCAAAGGAGCAUAGCGCCUACCCUAGAGUCAGGGGUGAGGUCACGGACAAGGACAUUGACACAUACGAGACUAUGAGUGAUUUAUACUGGUGGUAUUGUAAACAAGAUGUUUAUCAGAGCAUUCUUGGAGGCACAAAGCUCUUCCUGGAAUAUGACCGAUGGACUCAAUGCCCACCUCGCGCACCAAUGGGGCGAUCGGAUGCCAUCUACGGAACAUACGAUCAUCUGAUAUUACUUCUCGGGCGUUUGUCGAAUUUCCAGGCUCGCGACUUGAGCCGCAAACGCCGAGUGCUCCGUGCAAAGGGCACCUUUGGUCCCAAUGGCGCCCCUCCUGGCACUUUCCCGGGCAUGAUGCCGGCCUCGAACCGGGUGCCCAUGCCUAGGGGCUUCAGCCCGCCACGGGAUGAAGGAUCCUCGCCACAGUCCGACAGCUCCGAGGAACAGGAACUGGAGACACUCACGGCUGCUGCCCACCGGGAAUGGGAAGGGAUCAACAUUGCUUUCGAGGCCUUCAAGAACCACCUCGGGCCCGACUUCGAGCCGCUGGACCAGGACCUCCACCCGAUGUCCAUGUCUCCCUUCGGCCCCGCCCUGCGCUACCGUACCUACAGUAUCGCGGGCAUCUGGAUGAAUUACCUGAUGGGCAAGAUCAUCCUGCGGCGUUGCCACCCGGAGUUGCCCCCCGUGGCCAUGAUGGCUGCUCCCAUGACCGCAAGGGAGACGAUGCCCCACGCGCUAGAGCUGGCGAGGAUCGCACACGGGCUCGAGGAGCAUCUCAGCAUCAUCCAAGAAGUCAGCACAUUCAUCAGCGCUGCACUCAUCGAGAGUGCGUUCUGCUUGUUUGUGGCUGGUGUACAGUUCCAAGCCCCUCCCCAGCGCCACUGGCUCGUGCAGCACCUGCACGACAUCACGCGGCUGACGGGGUGGGAGUCGGCGCGGCAGAUCGCCGACGGGUGCGAGUCGGCCUGGUCGCGUGCGGCCGACCGCGGCCACGGCCCGGCCUACACGCGGGUGGGCGGCGAGCUGGCCAAGCGGCCGUCGGUGUCGGCGGACCACCACAAGAAGCCCGCGGUCUGGGGCAACCCGCGCCGCAUCGACCAGCGCAUCCAGGAGGUCGGCGGCGAGGACGGCCACGGCAAGCUGGUCCUCGCCCGCGAGGAGAAGGCCCACUAUGCCCUCGGCAUCAUCGGCGUCCAGGAGGACCUCGAGAGGCUGGAUCUCGAGAGCGCGGACCCCGAGGACGAGGGGGCCAAGAGGUGA